UAUCUAAUGAUUAGAGGAUAUUAAUCGAUAUUAGUGUAAAUAAAUUGCAAGGUUACUAUCUAAAUAAUCAUUCGAACAUUUUGGCUAACAGUUGUGUGUAGUCUCAAAACUACGUUUCAUCAGGUUUUCUGUAGUCUCGUUACAUCAAACAGAUUUUGAACUCUGGAAAAAUAAAUAAAAUGGAGAAUAAAGUGAAAAUUGAAGAGCUGGAUUCAGCAAGUAAAUCUUUCGAAGUCUACCGUUUUCUCGGCCCUUCGAGCAGUACCGGUUACCUUAUGCCUAAAGGUUACAAAGAGCUUGCGGACAACAUCUUGAACAUGACUGUGCGGCCUGACGACGUGUGGGUGACUGGGUAUCCUCGGUCUGGAACCACGCUUACACAAGAGUUGGUCUGGCAAGUCGCGAACGAAUGCGAUUUCGAGACGGCUUCCAAAAUCCCUUUGAUGGCACGUUACAUGUUUCUCGAAGGGAAAAUGACAGUUAAUAUACUCAAAUCAAGGAUGGAAGGCGAAGUUACUGAACCUGUUUAUACUCAGGAGGCUAUAGACGCAGCGCCUUCGCCUCGGUUUAUAAAAACUCAUGUGCCCUUCUCGCUUUUGCCCUCGAAUCUAUUGGAUACCACGAAAGUAGUGUACAUAGCCCGAGACCCGAGGGAUGUAGCAGUAUCUCAUUAUCAGUUCGCAAAAAAGUUGCACUAUACUGCAGAGUUGAAAAGUUUUUGGAAUCUUUUCUUCAAUGAUAUGAUGGUGUAUUCCCCAACUUUGGCGCAUUUAAGAGAAGCGUGGGACCUCCGUCAUCAUCCAAAUAUGAUGUUCAUAUUCUACGAAGAUAUGUUAAAGGAUAUACAAUUAUCUGUCAAACGAGUAGCAGAUUUCCUUGACAAGAAGUUAACGGAUGAACAAAUCGUUAAGCUUAGUGAACACUUGAAUAUUAAGAACUUCAGGAAAAACGAGUCUGUGAACCCGACAUGGAUGAAUAAGAGUGGUGACCCCAAUGCUGAGAACUUUGUUAGGAAAGGUGAAUCGGGCGCAUGGCGCGAUCAGGUCGACGAGGAGAUGGCUGCGCAGGCGGAGCGCUGGAUGCGCGACAACCUCGCCGGCUCCGACCUGCGCUUUCCUGAAUAUACCUCCUAGUUGAUCGCACAGAUCUACAGUGUAAAAGAUUGCCUGUUAAAUAUCAAAAGUGUGAUCAAAAUCUUAAUGAUGUCAAGUGUAAUUGGAAGUAUUGAAUUCAACAGUACCUAAUAUGUGAUUGCGUAAAUUAUUUGCGUUUGUAACAAUACUAACAAUACAUUCCAAGAUACUCACCCUGAAUUAAACUUUUCUUAUUUUGCAAUCCGCUAACCUUACGUUUUGGUACAUUACAAAUACCGCGCGGUCGCUACGAAGCCCAAAGUGGUUAAGUUUUUGCCAUCUGCCUCUUUCCCACUCAUGAAUAUUCAUAAUAUACGCAUAUACAGAUCGUAUCGUAUUUGUUUACAUAUAUUUUAAACAUUUUUUUCCUA